AUGCGAUGCGCGAGCAAGGCCGCCGAGAGCGCGUCCGCACGUCUCUGUGCGGACGCCGAAGCAGUAACAACAGCAACUGAUGUUUCAUCGUUUGCUAAAAAGUCUCAGCCUGUGUCACCUGGUGAUGCAGGCGCUGGUCAUGAAGACACUCAUGUCUUCACAGAGUACGAGCUCGGUGUCUCGUACUCUCCUGAUACGGAUGACGGAUCCGUAUCGACGGCAAUUGAAUCCAAGCCGCCUGCCAAGCGUGGCAUGGACGAUGCUUUGCGUCGCAGCAUCUUUGGUUCAUCUGAUGAAUCAGAUGAACCAUCGCCGAAGCGAAGGCGCUCGAGGUCGCGAGACUCGGGCGCUAAUAGCGGUGUCGGUUCUCCUAUUGACACCACUUCGCAACGAGGUGCCAGUCCUUCUGUCGGCACGUCGCAGGAAGAGCGGGACCGCAAUGUCUUGCGUUUCGCUCCUGAGAAGAAGGCAUGGAUGCCUCCCAAAUCCGUCAUGGAUCACUUGAUCCAUCACCUUGACCCCAACGCGAAGAACUAUCGCGCUGAGAAUGAGUUUUUGAUCGAUGCUUUCUUUAAACAUCGAUGGUACAGUGGGAAUCACAAACGUGAUGGUCCCUCACUACUUCAGGCGUGGAACGCCUACAUCCAUAACCUCGAGGAUGUAGGUCGUGACGCUUGGAACGACAAACUUAUCAAAGAUCGUGAUAAGUUUGAAAAGCAAACCCCGACAGGUGCACGCUACAAGCUGCAUCGUCUGUCAAGGGAGAAGGGAUUACCCUGCCUCUCUUGGGGAGACUCGUGCCCAUGUUGUGUGAACAACUCUGCACGAGCACCUAAGGAGGCUUACCUCCUUACCAGCCCGUGGUGGCGCGUACGUGUCUCUACUGAGAUGUACGAAGGGAUUGACAACCUGAAAUCCCUUUACGACCGUGCCGGGAAGACUUUCUCCGGCGGUCCUUCCGCGGCACAGGAUGUGCCGCGUCGUACUGCUCAACCAGACCCAGUACGUCGAUCGUCAGUUGGGAGCGGGGCUCCCAAGAAUCUCAGGACGGGGGAUAGCCGCGCCACCGGACGAGGUAACUCGUCCGACGUCCGUUCACGUCGCGGUGGUUCAACAGCUGCUCUACUAGAUAGCGCUGGCCACCGCGAGAGUCCUCUAAUGGAGGUGGAGGAGGAGGAAAGACGCUCUCCACACGAUCAUGUGGAUCCGUGUGUUCCGAGAGCUUCUGUGAUCGCGUAA